UCUUCGCGCUCACGCUGCUGCUCAUCCUCACCACCACCGUCCUCUUCUUCGUCUUCGACUGUCCCUUCCUGGCCUGUGAGCUGACUCUCGCCAUCCCCAUCAUCGCCGCCAUCCUCUUCUUCUUCGUCAUGAGCUGCCUGCUGCAGACGAGCUUCACCGACCCCGGGAUCCUGCCCCGGGCCACCGUCUGUGAAGCGGCUGCCCUGGAGAAGCAGAUCGACAACACCGGCAGCUCCACGUACCGGCCGCCCCCUCGGACGCGGGAGGUGAUGAUCAACGGGCAGAUGGUGAAGCUGAAGUACUGCUUCACCUGCAAGAUGUUCCGGCCACCCCGGACCUCCCACUGCAGCGUCUGUGACAACUGCGUGGAACGGUUUGACCACCACUGCCCCUGGGUGGGCAACUGCGUGGGGAGACGGAACUACCGCUUCUUCUACGCGUUCAUUCUCUCCCUCUCCUUCCUCACGGCCUUCAUCUUCGCCUGCGUGGUCACCCACCUGACGAUGCGCUCUCAGCGAAGCAACUUCCUCUCCACUCUGAAGGCGACGCCGGCAAGCGUGCUGGAGUUGGUGAUCUGCUUCUUCUCCAUCUGGUCCAUCCUGGGCCUCUCAGGGUUUCACACGUACCUCGUCGCCUCCAACCUGACGACCAAUGAAGACAUCAAAGGCUCGUGGUCCAGCAAGAGGGGCGGUGAGGCCUCUGUCAACCCCUACAGCCAUAAAAGUAUCGUCACCAACUGCUGUGCUGUGCUCUGCGGCCCCCUGCCUCCCAGCCUGAUUGACCGGAGGGGAUUUGUGCAGCCGGACACCGUGUUGCCCUCGCCCAUCAGAAGCGACGAGCCGGCCUGUGGAGCCAAGCCUGAUGCCCGCAUGGAGGACACCUGUCAGGAUUUUGCCAUCUCCUGCACAGCCUGAGGGGCGCUAACAGGCCUCUUUGCAGAGGGUUAGCUGGAGCGGCCUGGGAGGAGACAGGCACCCGGCACCUCCACCUGCCUAACCUGUGGCCCGUCUGCCACCAUCUGUGCCUACAGGGUCUGCCCCCAGCCUGCCCCACACGUGUGCCCUUGAGGGCCCCCGCCCAGGGGGAUGGGCUGGCCUCUGCCCCUGCGCCCCCUCCAUGCCGGUGGAGUGUGGAAAGCCAUAAGGCAGGGGCAGCACAGUAGUGCCACACGACGCCGAGACCCCCGCCCUCCUCUGCCUCACCGCCCCUUCCCCAGCGUGGCGAGGUGUUGGGCCUCGAGGAAUCUGGCCUUCCUGCCCCCUCCCCCAGAGCAGGCCCAGCCGCGGUCAAGCCGAGCAGGUUUCUUCAGGAGCCGGCUGGGGUGGUGGUGGUUGCCGACGCGGCUGAACAAGUUGGGUGACUUGUAAGCACGAAGGGCUUGACGCUGUUCCCACGCCCGCGCCCCCGGAGUAGGCAGGAUGCCCCCUCCAGGCACUGAGGGGCUGAGCUCACUCCGCACAGCCCCAAGUUCUUCAGAGGAACUAAAGGAAGCUGGGCCUGGCCUGGGAAAACCCACUGAGCCCAGGGCGGGGGCCGCUCAUCUGCUGUCCUGUACCUUUUAUAACCAAAUAAAGAUUCCCCUCUUCUUGCCAUA